UCUUUUCUCUGUUUUAGAGUAAAGACUAUUGGAUAAAUUGUCGUUUAGUGGAUAAUUUUAUAUGGAAUUAAAUAAUUAUAAGAAUUUAGGUAGUAUAGAUACGUUGUUUAUAAUGAAUUCAAUCAUUUUAUGAUACAGUGAGUAAGGAUGCUAGAAGUUUUUUUGGCAAAGUAGACAAGGUUGGUUGCGAUGUUUAAACGCAAUUGUUCAAAAUUUUAGGAUACUCUUUGCAUCGAACUGUGUUCUCUUUUUGUCUUGUAUCUAUUGAAGAUUCAUCAAAAAACGUGGCAAACAAUCUGUAUAUUAGUUAUUAAGCAACCGAAACUGUUUAAAAAUUCAUAAGCUUCUAAUGUAUUGAUGAACUUAACCUCGACUUCAUCCAACGUGGAAACAACGGCAAAAAAAAGGGAUAUUCAUUGUGAAACUCAAUAUAUUACUGAUCAAUUGAGUUUAUUCAAUUUUUCCAAUAGUGGCCAAUACUACAAGAGCGGGUGGAAGAAAGACAGAAAAGCGGAACUGAUUCAAGGUCAAGAUUACGAACAUUCAGACGUUAAACGCCAAUUCCUUGAGAAUCAGAUAAGCUCAGGAAGCUCCAGCAAACACAAGAAAUCGGGUUUGGGUAGUGGAGGGAUGCCUCGCAGUAAGCGCCGAGCGCCCUCCAGUACGAAUCACCAUCAUCAUCACGCAUCUACUGACAUGUCACCAAGUGCCCAUGAAGAUGGAUUGCCUAGACAUCCUUCCAAAAGGCUUAGACACACAGCCAAUGCUAGGCGAUGUGCAAAGACAGAAGAUGUUCCAAGUGCAUCGUCAUUCUCUCAAAAAAGAUGUAUUGCCUGGUUUCGAGAAUAUACAGUCCCAGAUGAUCCUGAUACUCUUGGCCCUGAGGGAAUGGAAAAAUUCUGUGAAGAUAUCGCUGUUGAACCAGAAAACGUUGUGAUGCUUGUACUUGCAUACAAAAUGAACGCUCGUCAAAUGGGUUUUUUUACACUUAGCGAAUGGUUAAAAGGUCUGUCGGAACUUCAAUGUGAUUCCAUAAAUAAAUUACAACAGAAGCUUGAAUAUCUAAGAAAUUUACUCAAUGAUCCUCACACAUUCAAAGGAAUUUACAGAUAUGCCUACGAUUUUGCUAGAGAUAAAGAUCAACGUAGUAUGGAUAUGGAGACUGCCCGAGUAAUGCUUCAGUUAUUAUUAGGAAAACACUGGCCUUUAUUUUCACAAUUUGCACAAUUUUUAGAUCAAUCCAAGUACAAAGUUAUCAAUAAAGAUCAGUGGUGUAACAUCUUGGAAUUUUCCCGAACGAUUAAUCAUGAUUUAACAAAUUAUGAUUUAGAUGGAGCGUGGCCAGUAAUGCUUGAUGAAUUUGUUGAAUGGUUAAAAGCCCAACGAGGUGAAGUAACAUCAAUAGGAGUACGAGGCAGCUGAAAAAUCACAUUAAAAUUAAUUUUAUUUUACGAAAAAUACCCGCCUAAUUCAACAUCUAUUUCUCUCUUAUAAUCAAUAAUUUUAUGCCUUCUCUUCUAUCCAAAAACUACGGUUCUUUUUUAAAUCAUCUAUGCGAUCAUGGUAAUAAUUAAUUAGUUGCAUCGAAUGUUCAGUUAUAUCUAAAAUUUGUAGUAGAAUAUUAUUUGCAUAAAAAAUUUCUUUAAAUCAAAUGAUGAAAAAUAUUUUUGGUCAAAUGAACGAAUAAUUAUACCAAUAUUUCGUUUAAAUAGUGUACUAGCCCAUAGUUUAAUGAGAUUAGUAUCGCCGUGUAUUCUAUAUAUGGUUGUGCUUAUAAAUUCCAUUUUUCAAGCAUUAACAGCCUUAUAAGAUGUUAUCAAUAUUUUUAGUUAUUUAUUUAUAACCAUUAUCAUGAUAGAAAUGUAAAAAUGUAAACCGUCCAACAAAUCUGUUAUAUUUAAAUAAUAUUUAGUUGGAUGGAUAUGUGAAUUACUGGAUUUAUUGCUCUAUUUUGAGCACAAUCAUGUAAAUAACGGCGUAUUAACUGAUAACGACUUGACAUUAGUAUUAGUAUACGGAAUUGAUUACGUUAUUAUCAUAAAGCAAUCAGUAAAUUUUGUGCAACGUGCGCAGGUUUUAGGGCUUACCUUCGCCUAUGCUCAAAACAAAAGACCCAAUUGAUGUGGAUUCUAAAUAGUUAAAUAAAUUAAUUUACUCUCGCUCUAA